AUAACCUACAGUGUAUUGAUCGCAGUCAGCGGUUGCAUUCAGCAUUCUAUCGUUUAAUGUUGACCUCACCUGACUAUUUUAUCGAAUAAACUGAAGAAUGACAGAUAAUACUAACUUCACUUAUGAAAAAGUCAAGAAAAUUACUGACUUUUUACGAACUAAAACUGGCAUUGAGCCAACGAUUGGAAUAAUUUGCGGUUCAGGACUAGGAGGCCUAGCUGAAUUAGUCGAAAAUAAGUAUGUAAUUGACUACGCGGAUAUUCCGGGUUUCCCGAUUAGCACAGUUAUCGGUCACGCUGGACGCUUGGUUUUUGGUAAUCUCGGGUCAAAAAAAGUUGUUUGUAUGCAGGGCAGAUUUCAUGCUUACGAAGGACAUUCAAUGGCCAAAGUAACACUUCCUGUGAGAGUUAUGAAACUUUUAGGAAUUGAUACACUUAUUGUUACCAAUGCUUGCGGAGGUCUAAACGAAAACUAUAAAGUGGGCGAUGUUAUGAUUAUUAAAGAUCAUAUUUGCUUGCCAGCCUUGGCUGGAAUUGGACCAUUAGUAGGUUUAAAUGAUGACGAAUUUGGUACUCGCUUUACAGCUCUAUCGGACGCCUACGACAAAGAUUUAAGAAAAUUAGCAAAGGAAGUUGCAGCUGAGUUAGGAGUAGAUAAAUUUCUACACGAAGGUGUUUAUGCCAUGCAGUUAGGACCAUUUUACGAAACAAUUGCAGAAUGCAAAUUGAUAAGGAACCUCGGAGCAGACGUUGUCGGAAUGAGUACAGCACCUGAAGUAAUGGUUGCCAGACAUUGUGGUCUACGGUGUUUUGGGCUAUCAUUGGUUACUAACGAAGCAAUCUUUGAUUAUGAUACUGAACGAAAAGCAAAUCACGUCGAGGUUCUUGAAACAGCUGCAAAUCGUGGAGCCCAGAUGUGCGAGUUUGUUAGUAAAAUAUGCACUAGGAUCUAA